UUUUCAUCUUUUUGGAGCUCCCAUCCCAUGCUGACCAAUUGAAUAAUGAAUCUCAAUCCAAUACUGUCGUCUGCUGCUACUAUUAGUACCACUCUAUAAAUUUUUGGGUUUGCAGUUUCUUUCUCAUUGCUCUUGUCCUUCACACCGCCAACCAAAAAUCUUGGAAUUUCAUUGAGAUUGAACAAUGGGUAAUGCUUCUUCAAUGUUGACCCAGUAUGACAUUGAAGACGUUAAAGAUCACUGUAACCAUCUCUUUAAUCAGCAAGAAAUAGUGUCACUAUACCAGAGGUUCUGCCAACUUGAUAGGAGUGCCAAGGGGUUCAUAUCAGCUGAUGAGUUUUUAUCAGUUCCAGAAUUUGCCAUGAAUCCACUAUCUCAGAGAUUGCUCAAGAUGGUAGAUGGCUUAAACUUCAAGGACUUUGUAGCGUUUUUGUCAGCUUUUAGUGCCAAAGCAAGCAUGCGGCAAAAAUUUGAACUUAUCUUCAAAGUAUACGAUUCUGAUGGCAAUGGGAAGGUCUCAUUCAAUAACAUGACAGAAGUGCUUCAGGAUUUGACUGGCUCGUUCAUGUCAGAUAAGCAAAGAGAGGAUGUUUUGAGACAAGUUCUGCACGAGGCAGGUUAUGCGAGGGACUCCUUGUUACUUUUGGACGAUUUCGUUAAGGUUUUUGAGCAUCCUGGGUUGAAGAUGGAGGUGGAGGUGCCAGUUGACUAGCUAAGCAGCAGUUCCUGGCUAGAAUUCUGCUUCAGUAGUUAAAAUUUGAGACGAAUGCUUUGUUGAAUUAGCAAACAUUUGUUUUCUUUUUCAAUCAAGGAUUAAAAUAAAUAAAUAAAUAAAAGCAAGCAUUGCCCAAACUAAUUUACAAGGAA